AUGUUCUUACCUCACUUUGCUUUGAUCGGCUUAUCCAUCCUUGUCAUAUUCGUAAUUAAUGUCACUGCCCAAACGAAACCAGUUUGGAGCACGAAACAAACGCCAUUUCAAGGAGCAAAACGAGUCUCGAAGACAUGGACGUAUCAAUCAGCAAAAGCACACGGAAAUGUUACUUAUGCUGAUCCUUACGUUUGGAUGGAAGAUCCCAUUGAAUCGAAUCCCGAUAUUCAAGAAUUCGUCAACAAUCAAAUGCAAUUAACCAAAAGCUAUUUGGACAAAUGCACAAAUUUCGAUCAAAUCACACAAUCUAUUCGUAACGCAUACGAUUAUGACGACUAUGACGACAUGUGGUUGUUUGAUGUCGAUGUGAAGGAGCCUUUCUAUAUUUAUUCAACUCGUGGGGCAAAUGACAGUUUAAGAACAUUCCAUCUUGCUUCUGUUCCCGAAAUGGAAUUAGCUAAAAAGAAAGAGUUCUUAGUUGAAGCAAUGCUCAGCGAGAAUAGCACGUCAAGUCUGAUCACAUGGAAUAUUUCUCCUGAUUUAAAGACUUUUGCUUAUUUAGUAACGGAAGAAGGUACUGAUACGGGAACGUGGUAUUUCCGCAAGCUUGACUCGCCAUUGGUCAAUCCAAAAACAAGACCGCCGGGCGGAGAAGACCGCUUGCCGGAUGUGAUACCGUCAUGUGAUGGAGGUAUAUUCUGGAAUGAGAAUUCAAGUGCAUUCUUCUAUACUCAAUUGAACAAUCCAGAAGGUGGUCGGAAUACUGAUAUUGGUUCCCGCGUACGCCAUCAUAUAUUUGGCACUUCAUACGAAAAGGAUAUCACGGUCGUACAUCCAGAUCCGGAUCAAAAUAUCUUUUGGGGCAUUUCAGGUAGCGAAGAUUUCCGUUGGUUAUAUGUAACUGCGAUCAAAGAUGCGGACAUGAAAUCAGUAGCAUAUGCAACCUUGCUCACAGGUCAAACUUUGUCCGAUACAAUGAAAUGGAUAUCCCUCUCACCUUCUUACGACUAUACGUUCAACAUCCUCUCGACAAAGAAUGAUUAUUUAUAUAUUCAAACGGACAAACAUGCGCUAGAUGGGAAGGUUUCCAAACUGAAAUUGGAUUGGAGUAAAGCUCGACAAGUCAAAAAGCUCUCUGAACUGAAAGAUCAAGUCAAAAUGACUGAUAUCAUUCCCGAGAAGCACUUUGCUCUUUUAGCUCAAGCGUGGGUUGUAGCAACUGAUAAGAUUAUGCUCUUCUAUGUUAUGGAUGGGAGAGUGAAAAUGUUCUAUCAUCAUCUUCACACGGGAAAACUCAUUCAAGAAGUACUGCCGAAUGAAUCGUCGACGCUGUACGGAAUUUAUAGUUGCGAUGUGAAAAGCAACACAAUGAUCUUAGCAUUGACCAGCACAACUUCGCCAAAGAAGAUCUAUCAGCUUCAACUCUCUGAAAAAACAACAGAAGUGUCUCAGCUACUCCUUACACAAAUCAAAGGCACGAAUCCAUCUGAUUACGUUACCGAACAGCUGGAAGCAACGAGCAAGGACGGAACCAAAGUUCCAUAUUUUAUCGUUCACCGCAAAGGUAAAAAGAGGGAUGGCACUUCUCCCGCAAUCAUGCAUGUUUACGGAUUUUACGGAAGUUUAGAGGAUCUAUACUUUGAUUCUUCCCUGUUUUCAUGGAUGACAAGUUACGAUGGCAUUAUUGUUUGGGCAGGUAUAAGAGGUGGUAGUGAACGUGGUCAGGAAUGGCAUCUAGCAGGAUCAAGAGACAAUAAACCAAAGACAUUUGACGAUGCGAUUGCUGUUGCUCAGGAUUUAAUUGCUCGAAAAAUUGCAGCUCCUGGAAAAGUAAUCGGUCAUGGAUAUUCUGGCGGUGGAAUGACUGUGGCAGUGGCAGCACAUCAAGCUCCACAAAAUGUUUUUGGUGCAAUGUUAUGUGGAUACGGUGUUCUUGAUGCCUUUUUAUUGGCAAGAAGCCGAAUUGGAGGCUUUCAAGUUAGCGAAAUCGGUGAUCCAAAGAUACCCAAGGACUUUGAUUCUAUUUAUGCUUAUAGCCCCUUGCAAAAUUUAAGUCCAAAGAAGCAAUAUCCACCAAUCUUGGUCACUUUUGGCGAUUCCGAUGAACGUGUAGUUCCCGGGCAUGGUCUUAAAUAUAUCGCACAAAUUCAAGAAAUGCAUCCAAAUAGUACAACACCAUUGCUUAUGGAUCUUAUCAGCGCUGCUGCCCAUCGAGAAGCAAGUACCACGACCGAACAAUUGGUUUCUAUGGCUGCCAAUCAACACUGUUUUACCCAACUCUCAAUGGGUUUGACAAGGCAGAAGUGA